GUUAGCGCCGUCGCCGCCGCCGCCGCUGCCCAAAUUCUUUUAUUUCAUAAUAAUUUUGUUAGAACAUUCACUAAGCUAAAUUAGCUUUAAGCUGUAUUAAAUAACAAUGCAAAACACACGCAAACUCGCCAACCUGGCCCGGCUCCUACUCAGACGCACGUCCGCAACCGCGGCCAAUCCAACAACAGCCACCAGCGGCACAGAACAGACAACGCAUUUCGGCUACCAGACGGUGAAGGAAAGCGAAAAGGAGCUGAAAGUGCACGAGGUGUUUGAGCAGGUGGCCCAGUCGUAUGACCUGAUGAACGAUGCCAUGUCGAUGGGCAUACAUCGCGUGUGGAAGGACAUAUUCAUUGAGCGUUUGGGUCCCGAGCAUGGCAUGCGGCUGCUGGACAUGGCCGGCGGCACGGGCGAUAUCAGUUUUCGGUAUCUGAAGUACUUGGCCAAGCAGCCGAAUACAAAACAACGUGAAAGCCAUGUAACCGUUUCGGACAUCAAUCAGCAUAUGCUGAACGUGGGCAAGGAGCGUGCCCGCCAGCUGGGCCUGACCGCUGAACGGCUGCCCAAUGCCAGCAUCGACUGGCAGUGUGCCGAUGCCGAGAAGCUGCCCUUCAAGAGCGACAGCUUCACAGCGUACACCAUUGCCUUUGGCAUACGCAACUGCACGCACGUGGACAAGGUGCUGAGCGAGGCGUAUCGUGUGCUGCAGCCCGGCGGUCGUUUCAUGUGUCUGGAGUUCAGCCAUUUGAACAACGAGACGCUGCAGUGGCUAUACGAUCAGUACUCCUUCCAGGUGAUACCGCCAAUGGGCCAGCUGCUGGCUGGCCAGUGGCACGCCUAUCAGUAUUUGGUCGAGAGCAUACGACGCUUUCCGCGGCAGGAGCAAUUCAAGAGCAUGAUCGAGCAGGCCGGCUUUGCGCAUGUGACCUACGAGAAUCUAACCUUUGGCGUUGUCAGCAUACACUCCGGCUUCAAGCUGUAGUCACAUGUGGCACCUGUUCCAAUAUUCCUGUACACAAAAAUCUGAGCGAAAUUUAGAAGUCCUGUUGCACAGUUUGCCUUUUCUUGUACUUUGUAUUAUUAUUAUGAUUUUGCCUUCUUCUUUAAACAUGCUAAACACGUUCUCCCACCUAUAUAUAUAUAUUUUUUUUUUGUUUUAUGCUCUUCGUUUUACAUGGCGCUCGUUAAAAUUAAAGUUUUAUAAACAUUGUUAACAUAUUA